GAUGAGAGGACUGUAUGGAGAGAUAUGGUACCAAUAGAUGAAUACAUCACUGAAACCCAUUCAACUAGUGCUGUGUUGGGGGCAGGGCGUAUGGCUGAGAGCAGUCUUACUGGUUCUUCAGAGCAGCAGCUGCGUUCUGUACGGACAGAGUUUGUGACACGAGUGUCAAGACCUGUCCUGGAUGGUCUGCUGGACGGACUGCUGCAUCACACAGUCAUCAACCAGGAGGAAAUGGAGUCAGUGAAGGUGAUAGCUGAGAGGGCAGAGAAGGCACGUGACAUCAUCGACAUGGUGUUGAGAAAAGGAAAUGAGUCAUGUUCCAGGAUCAUCAACCUUCUUGGGGAGCUGGACCCCUGUCUUUGGUCACAGCUCCAGACCAACAGUUGUAGUCAACCCCUGGGUGUUGGGAGACCAGGCAGAAUAGACAGGCAGGAUGGUUCAACAUGUUCUUGCUGUCUGUUGCUUUAAUUCAGCGUACAGAAAAUGUCAAUCAAACAUGACCACUGUAAUAACAAUAAACUUACUGAAGGACCAACCACACAGCAUCUCUCCUUCUGCAGCCUCCUGGAAGUGUGGAUCUUCUAGCAAGAGGGUCAGUUAGUCCUCCACUAGGUACCUAGCUGGACCCCUAUCUAGCAGGAGGGUCAGUCAGUCCUACACACAUUCAACAUAAAUGUAUUUGAUGAAUAUAGUGUACAGUGUUGGCCUGUUAGAGGUUCAUGAGAGAGACUGAAUAUCAACACAACCACCUCAGUCUAUCAGCAGCUUUCCUGUUAGAGGUUCAUGAGAGAGACUGAAUAUCAACACAACCACCUCAGUCUAUCAGCAGUUUUCUCAGUGAGAGCCUCACGUCUGGAACACAUUGACCAUUGAAG